AGGCUUCUGUCAUAAACAGACUACUUGUCAUUUCCAAGCGAAAGACUUCCAUUGAGAUUGAGUCGGUCUUUCCCUGUCACAGUCACCCUUACUCACUUCUACUAGUUGUAGUGUUUUUGAACACGAUAUAGGUGGAGUGGCAACAGCUGACUACAGAACAAAAAGUAGAACCACUUUUGUCGCAGGUACUAUUCUUUGUUUCGAGGCUUCAUUUCCACUUCUUUGAAAAUGUCGACUCAAAGUACGUUCUCCACGAUUGCCGUUCGCGCUCAGCCGCCCACGAAACGGGAGCUUUCUGGCCUAAUGCGUGAGGGCCCGUGCGCGGUGACAAGAAUCCCGCUAAAGCGUGGAUCGCCUUCUGUAUGUGAUAUGGUCCAGUCAAACAAUGACGCAAAGUCGGCCUUCGAAUCCAUGCACACGUGGUCCGGCUUCGAGCACAUCAAGGGUGCCUACACGGUGCUAACCAAAGCGAACGGUGGAGAUGCGAUGAUCAUGGCGGAAUAUUAUGAUGCACACCAGGUACCUCUACGAUUUAUCAAUUUUGUAGCGCACUCGGCUACUACACGUACACAUGAUAUUAUACUUUGUUACCCUAGUACUACUUCUAAGAUUAUUAUUUUUUCGACGAUUUCAUUCAGGUUCUCAGGUUAUAAUGUUGAAGGAUGCGGAACUAAUGUUGGUCUCUGUGUUGAACGACACGAUGACUUCAUGAACUAAAGGAUUAGCAGUACGCCUAUCUACAUUUUUCGACGAUUUGCAUUUGUGAUUGUGCUUGUGCUACAACAACAACCCGACUAGAGGUUCAUGAUGAUGCAACAUGCGCAGAUCUAUCUGCUAUUUUUCCUCUGUAGUUAAUGACGAUCUGUUUGUCAAACUUUUUGCAGCCUGUGCACAUCGUGGAGCAGAACGGUAGAAAAUACGACUUGCUAAUGAGCAGUCUUGCGUCCUUCACUGAGGGCGCUGCGUCCCGAACACCGGGACAUUACGUCGUCCUGACUCAACCCGAGAUUCUUUACGGUAACGCCAACUGCUCAGCCCGCAAGCCGACUCCAUGCGUGGCCACGCAAGUGUUGAUUCCCUACUCUGGUUGCACCUCGACCGAGCAAAUCGCGAAGAUGAGCGCGUACUUCAAGGCACAACAGCCGAAGCUAUUCGAUCUCAUGGUUUCGCAUGGCAUGGCUCAGCUCUACUGUGUGGUAGCACAGUCCGAUGAUAAAAGUGAAAAGCAGCAGCUCACGAUGGGAGGUGUCUAUUUGAACGCUGACGGUGCCAAAAGUGCAGGAGCUUCCGUGGCCGCAGUUUUAGGGGAGCUGGUCCAACAAGUUGCAGCUGGCCCACCAACGAGCCGCGAAACUCUUCACGACGCAUGUUUUCUGUGGAAAUAGGCUACAAACGAUCUUCGAGCUUGCAUGGCCAUUUUGAGCGAGCACAUGACUUCGAUCUGCCGAGGGCUGACACGCAUAUUAUCCAUGCAUGGCCAUGUCCAUAAGCAGCAUGAUAAGUAACACAAUGACUGAUAAUACUGAAGAUGUAACUCAUCUGAGAAUGAAUUAACUUCUCACUGGUUCUUUGUAUAGCUUUAAAAACAGCUUUAAAAACAAACUUAGUUUGUUCUUCAUAUGAAAGGCCAUUUUGUUUUUCAUUUUCAGAAUGCCAGCGGAAUUCUCGGGCAUGAAAGGUAGAAAGCCAAUCAGGUACGGGGCUGACAGACAGGCCGAUAAUUAAUGAUUACUUUAUGACACCAAUGCACUUGAUACUUCGAUGAACAUGCUGAAUAAUGUCGCACUAAAGGAUGAGGAGACGAAGCACCUCGUGACAUUAAAAAUAUUGACAUCUUAAUGAGUAUUAUAGCAUAAACAUAAUGAUAAUACUGAUUUGGAAAAUACAACUAUGCCUAUUGUAAUGCACUUUGGAUUAUACUUUUCACACUCAUGAUGUGGAGCUGGAGAUAAAGUAGUUACUUGCAUAGAAUUUUCAAAAAACGGUGAUAAUGAUAUUAGUGACGAUCGACGGAUGCUUACAGGUACAGAUCGUAGUGGACACAGAAUCACCAUGAUGAAAAU